AUGUUGGUUUUGCUGCCGCUCUUGCUGUUAUGUUCUCAUGCUGUGAAGAUCAUUGCAGGGUGUGCAAUGAUGAAGAAGCAACAGGCUGGCGAAGUCUGCUGUUUGCAAUGGAUCCCUGGUAUUGAGACAGUGCGGGAGGAAGACAGUUGUGGGAACGAAGUGAGGGUUGAAGGAAUGCACUUUGGAGGCUCGAAGGACGGUUCGCAGCCGAAGGACGGUUCGCAGCCGAAAAGCGGGUCGGGCGUUACAACAGCGCAGUUGCGCGGGGCGCCGGAAUCAGCCCCGCGGCGGAAAGAGGUAGCGUCGAGCGCGUUUGUGUCAUCGGUGCUGAAAACGGGGAGCAACCCGGCGCCGCUGCCGUGGGCCCUGGGGCCGUACCCGUUCAAGUCGUUGAAGGGCGGGAUUCUGCUGAAGAAAAAGAUCCCGCCGGAGACGACCCCGGCUCCCGAGCCGACCCCGACGCCCAAGCCGGGCCCGACCCCCGAGCCGACCCCGACGCCCGGGCCGGUCCUGAAAAUCGGGUCUGAGAUAUCGAGCGACGAAUUCGCGCGGCCAGCAGACCUGGACGUGUGGGUGGAGGCGCCUUCCGCCGUGGGGGUGCCGUCUGCCGCGCCGUCCGUGGACGUGUGGGUGGAGGCCCCAUCAUCAUCGAUAGAAGCGGGCACUCCCGGACCAGGAUCAGUGGAUGUUUGGGAGGGACCGGGAGCGCCGAGGGAAGUAUGGGUGGAGGCGCCGUCUUCAGCACAGGCGCCGUCCCCGAGACCUGGGCGGUCGGGGGAAGUGUGGGUCGAGGCACCGUCUUCAGUGCGGGUACCGUCCCCAGGACGAAGGCCGUCUCCUGCGCCGUCUGAAGACGUGUGGGUGGAGGCACCUUCCCCAAACAAGGCGUCGCCCUCCUCGUCGAGGCCGUUCCCCGCUCCGUCCGGAGACGUGUGGGUUGAGGCGCCUUCCUCAAGCAAGGGAUCAGCAUCCGCCUCGGGGCCGCUGCCUUCUGUGGACGCUGGGAACGAGUGGAUGAAUGACCCAUACUACUUGCGUUUCUUCGAAGCGCCAUUACGGGAGGUGUAUGUGCGAUACGAACAUCUGUGGACGGCGGGAGAGCAUGCCCUCUUAGUCGCCUACACGACCGAACUGAGUCGUCAGGAUAAGUUGCUUUUCAUCAAGUUGAUGAUGCGCCAGGUUCAAAACGUAUACGAGGUCACCGAGCUACAGGACCGCUACUGGAGGAUCAUGUUCUGGCGACGUGAGGAGGACCUCACUGCGGAGACGAUCGAGCAAGACCGACAACAUGUGCUCCGCUCCAUCCAGCAUCUUGUCGAACACCGGUUUCUCGACCCCUGGAAACCGACCGGAGACGCCGUCCAUAAAGAAGACGUUUACGCCCUGAAGUCCCUUGCUCUCCCAACCCUGAAGGCGCUGGUUCAAACCUGCCCGGACGGGAAAGAAGUCCUCAAACGCCUUAAACGGAAAGAAGACCUAGUCGACUGGAUCACCGCCAGACUCCACAGUAAAGUCACUCCCCCAAUUGACCGCCUGUCGCGUGCCCGCUCCCCCCUCCGUUUUCCCCAUACCGUUCUCAUGCUCGCCCCGAUAGAGUACGGGUCUGUGCGGAAUCCGUUUACGAAGUUGACGUUUGCGGAGACGGUAUGGAAACGCGUAAACAGUGACCUAUGCGGUGGGUCUGGAUUGGAGGGUGUGACUCGCGUUUUGGUGAACGGUGUGGCGUCAGCAUUCUUUAAACGGCUGCAUUUGUUGAACAACUUGUUCUCGUCGUUCAUGCCUGGCGCGGGUGGUGGUGCUCCAACGGCGUCGCUGAGUGAGAAGAUAGAGGGGUUGCUUACGCAGGCGUUGAAGCCGGGCGUGCUGGAGGAGAUCUCGGCGGUGGAGUAUGUGCGAACUUCGGAGGCCGAUCGUUGUCUGGGUCUUAUUGCGCACCCGCGGCUUUUCGAAACCCGACGCGACCUGGAGUUGUAUGAAGAGGCACUGGCCGUGAUCGAUGCGGUUAAGAACCUGAGUAUAAGGGCCGCCGAUGUUGGAGACGCCGAGGCCGCGGCGACGGCGACCGCGCAGGUUCAUGAUCUGGUGAGGACGGGAGCGCGUUGUCUUGUUAAUUACCUCCAAACACGCGGCCCGCCCCUCGAACCACUGCCCAAGUAUUGCGAAACCCUCCAACUCGUGCGAGCUACCUACCUAACAAGUGAACCACUCAACGACAACAACACCCGGGGUCAAAACACGACGAUGCUAACCAACAACCCCACGCACGGCGAAGUCUUGAGCACGACCACUGCCGAGCGACUGGCGCACCACGUGUUCCGUCGUUUCACGCCAGAGUACCUGUACUCGGUCGGGCUCUUUGAACUCAGCGGAAUGCUCGAAACGCUCAAGAAAUAUGAGCUUGCCGCGGCUCUGCAGACACUGGUAAUCGCUUGUCAAGCCACCCGAAUGAACCGAGGUAAGGUCUUCCUGCGGCUCAUCAUCGACUGCAAGGUGCACCUAAAGUUGCCCGACACGGCACUACACUGGGGCUGGCUCGCACUGAGCGAAGCGGAUACGCUAGAACCCGGUUUCAUACUGGACAUCGCUAAGCAAGUUCGCCAACUUGAAACCAAACAGACGCCAAAAAGCGUUUCCUCAAAGAAACGAAACAAGUCAAGCAACCUUGACGUAGGUCCCAUGACCGUUCCCCCCACGGCGGGUCCCCCGGCGGCUCCCACGGCGGCAGGUUUAUCUCCAGCGGACCAUGGAAGCAGCCCUCCAGACGAUCUCGCCUCUGUAUCGGGGACUCCUCUUGCAGAAGGCAAACCCUCGCCUGCUCCGCAGCAGCCCUCGCGUGCUGCGGCGGUAGGGUACGCUGCAACAACCCGGGCUGUGAACUCCGGCGAUGAAAAUGUCUUGCUCUUCACCCCCUCGAGUCCGGAUCAGUCGUCCUCAACAAGUCACUCGGCCACCAGUCAGUCGGCUCACCACGGUGCCGGUUGCCAUCACGGGAGCUACCCGGUCGCCGGUCGUGGGCCUUAUUGUGAACAUGUGAAGUAUGAAUCGCGGCAGGCCCCGAUUGCGGCUGCAACGGUGCGCAACUUCGCGGAGACGACGAGAGGCUUCAAGGGUAUUUACGGCCAGUUGCCGCUGCUGAAUUUGUCUGGUCCUAAUUUGGAGGCGGUUUUGCGCAUCGUUGAAUUGGAGAAGAUGAUUGACUUUUUAAUCCCGACCCGUGUCGUAUGGGGCGUGCGCCAAAAGGGCCGCACGCGGACCGCCAGCUCGGCCUCGACUCGCGGCCGCCGGGGCGGUGGUUCGAAUCCCAGCGUCGCGUUGGAGUCGGAUAUUGAGGAAGACAUUUUCGCCGAGGAGCGCGACGCGGCGAAGGACACCAAGAGUCGGUUCUACUUGGACGGGACGCUAGUGGGCGUCGAACAGUUCGCACUCCACUACUUUUUGCAGGGCGGCGAGCAGUGCAUACUCGGCGUUGAGUCCACGCGCUACGGAGACCGGCGCAUCCCGAAGCCUGCGGCGAAACGGAGGUCUGCAGCGAAGCGCAAACCUGCGGCGAAGAGAAGGGCUGCAGCGAAACGCACCUCUGACAACAAGCGGUCGGCCACGACGACUGUAGGCGCAGGGGUCCUGCGGGAGGUCGUUGAGCUGCUGUCCGACGAGGAGAAGCAACCGGGUGCUGGGCCGCCGAGCGCUAUGCCGCCGGGUGCUAUGCCGCCGGGUGCUAUGCAGCCAAGUGUUGCGACCAUGCGGCGUGAUUCAGAGCUGGCCUCGGGCUUGGAGAUGUUGGACGCGAAAACCAGACCUGGCCCCGAUCACGACGACGAGCAAGUUCCAAAUAAGCAAGGACCAGACCAGCAAAGUCCGGACGAGGAAUGGUGCGCCUAUGGAGGCGGGGCGUACGAUUGGGUGGGGUGCCAUUGCGAGGGUAGUGUGGUGCGGGAGUUUGCCGCAUUGUUGCUUUUCCCGUUGGUGUUUAAUGCGCGAGUUUGUGCGGCUAAUGCGGAGGCUUUUAUCACGGACAAACAGACGGCGUCUUGCGACGUGGGUACGCUAGACUUUUACGAGACACGUCGAGAUAGCAUCCAGGCGUACAUGGCCAUUUUGCGGCAAGUCACUGAUCCCCACGAACUCGCCUUCCUUCUCACCUUCUGCGCGUCCCAACUGUUCGAAGUCCGACUACUUUCCGCAACUUGGUCCCUUCACACCAACCACCCGGACGCCUUUAAACCCAUCGUCGACCCUCUGGCCGUACAGGAAGCGCUCCAGAAGCUGACCGCGGGGUACGUUUCAGCGCCAGUACCACCGGGUGGUCCAGCACCAAGUGCUCCAGCACCAAGUGCUCCAGCGCAAGGUGGGGGGUCUCGCAAGCCGCCGGUCGCUGGCCCGAAUCCCGCCACACCCGCGGGGACACCCCUGAUGUCCAGCGCCAAGCCGCCAGGCCGGGGGCCUUCUGGACACAUACCGCCGCAUCUCGCGCACAUGGUCCUCACGGCAGGCCGUAAUGACGGCGCUAGAACCAACUAUACGGGUCACCGCGGAGGCGCCAGCGGCUUACCUCCCCUCAUGAACACAGUUGGUGGUGUGUCCGGGACGCCUUUGUUGUCUCCGCAGUUGGGAGGAAGGAUGCCUAAACCGAGCCCGAUGUUGCGGAAGACGCCGAACAGCAAGUGGGAAACGCCCAGCAAGCAGAAGAUGUGGCUGAGGAAACAGGCCGUAACCAACGAGCGGAAUCUCAUUCUCGGAUAUGACCGCGGGAUAGCUCUUCUGCCACAUGAGAAUAUAGCUACAGCAAUAAACCGGCGGUUCGAAUCCGGCCUCAGCUACGGACUGGAACUGAGCCAGGUCGCGGCUGGCAUUAAAAUAGAAGGCGUUAUCCAACUUCUACUACAUCUCUGCAAGUGCUACCCAUACUGGAGCAAUGGAAUGGCCGACCUGAUACUCUGGAGGAAACUCCACCCUCACUCCUUGGACCCCAAUCCCUAUCCUUUUGUAUCCCCGCAUGUUUCGGACUUCCUACAACACAAGGGUCUUGAAGGAAGUGGGAAACAAAACCGCGGAAAUGUAAAGGAGGAAGACGCUUCUUCCUGGGGACCUUCGCCCGUUCUCAAGACAGAGACAGGGGUCAAGACAGGGGUCAAGACAGGGGUCAAGACAGGGGUCAGGACAGGGUCGGAGGCGCCUGACCAAAUGGGUCUCAAGCUGUCACCGGCCAUGACGAUGCUCAUGCUGGUUUACUUAGAUCCCGAGUGCUGGAACAAGACGGCAGUAUUGGAACGCUUGUCAAUUGACCUAGAUGUGGUCGAUCUGGAGUCCUGGGUUUCCAUUCUCAACUCUUUCUGUCCGAAGAAGAGAGUUUCCAUUUCUUCUGCAUUGGGAUCGACCACAUUCAGCCCGUCCCCACUCGACCCGACAGUACGGGACCCGACCGAUGGGGAUCCGACCGUUCGAGACCCGCCGCGUUUGAUUGACUUGUCUGAUCUCUUAAGUGACGCCGCUGCGCUGGAAACACUGCGAUACAUAGACCUGAGAACGCGCCGGUUCGACUUCCGAAAUGCCUGUACCGUCUUCUCUGAAGUCAAGGGACCUGGCGAUGCCCUAAGCCAGAAACAGCGGCUCUGGCUCUACACCCUGGUGCAGGCCGGCGUUGUCGCUAACGUGUGCGAAGUCAAGGAACGCCAAUAA